AUGGACUUCUUCACCACCAUCUUCGCCUCCCAGGUCGCUGACCUCGAGCCCGUUUCCGUCCCCGCUGAGGAGGAGACCGGUGGUGGCCGUGGCACUGGUGCUUACUGCACCAUUGCUUGA